ACUGCACGGCUCGGCACGGCACAGCUUGGUUCGGCACGGUACGGCUCGGUUCGGCACGGCACUGCGGAGCUUGGGCCCCAACUGCCAUGGGAGGCUGUGGCUCAUGGGCAUGGCCAGAGCUGCUGGUUCUGCUGGGCAGCUCCUGGCUGUGGGUGGGCAGUGCCCAGCCCACCCCCCCGAGCCCCACACCCCCCCCCGGGCCCCAGCUGAGGUUCCGCCUGGCCGGGUACCCCCGAAAGCACAACGAGGGCCGAGUCGAGGUCUUCUACAACGACGAGUGGGGCACCAUCUGCGACGACGACUUCACGCUGGGCAACGCUCACGUGCUGUGCCGGCACCUCGGCUUCGUGGCUGCCACCGGCUGGGCUCACAGCGCCAAGUACGGCAAAGGAGUCGGGCGGAUCUGGCUGGACAAUGUGAACUGUGCUGGAAGUGAGAAGAGCAUCGGGGACUGCAAACACCGGGGCUGGGGGAACAGUGACUGCAGCCACGAGGAAGAUGCAGGUGUUGUCUGCAAGGAUGAACGCAUUCCAGGCUUCAAGGACUCCAAUGUCAUCGAGACGGAGCAGAGCCACGUGGAGGAGGUGCGGCUGCGGCCGGUGGUGUCCGGGGGGCGGCGGCAGCUGCCGGUGACAGAGGGCAUCGUGGAGGUGCGCUACAAGGACAGCUGGGCACAGAUCUGCGACCAGGGCUGGAACAGCCACAACAGCCGCGUCAUCUGUGGCAUGAUGGGCUUCCCGGCAGAGAAGAAAGUCAACAGGAACUUCUACAAGCUGGCCUCCAAAUCUCAGCCUAAACAAAAGCGCAGGGAGGACGUAGGGCUCAAGAAGAGGCUCUUCACGGAGCGGCAGCAGCUCAACUACCGCCUGCACUCGGUGUCCUGCACGGGGACAGAGGUGCACCUGUCCAUGUGCUCCUUCGAGUUCUACCGGGGCAACUCCUCAGCAGCCUGCGGGGCCGGCAUGCCUGCUGUGGUCAGCUGUGUGCCCGGGCCCCUCUUCGCCACUGGCAACGCCCACAAGAAGAAACAGCGCCAGCAGCAGCAGGGCCAGCCCCGGAUCCGGCUGAAGGGCGGUGCCAGGGUCGGCGAGGGCCGUGUUGAGGUGCUCAGGAGCAGCGAGUGGGGCACGAUCUGUGACGACCGCUGGAACCUGCAGUCGGCCAGCGUCGUGUGCCGCGAGCUGGGCUUUGGCAGCGCCAAGGAGGCUCUCACCGGGGCACGCAUGGGGCAAGGGACGGGCCCCAUCCACCUGAACGAGGUGCAGUGCCGGGGCACCGAGAAGUCCCUGUGGAACUGCCCCUUCAGGAACAUCACACAGGAGGACUGCAAGCACUCAGAGGAUGCAGCUGUUCGCUGCAACAUCCCCUACAUGGGCUACGAGAACCUGAUUCGGCUGAGCGGGGGCCGGAGCCGCUUCGAGGGGCGGGUCGAGGUGGCGGUGGGGGCUGGCGACGGGGACCAGCCCCGCUGGGGUCUGGUCUGCGGCGAAGGCUGGGGUACGCUCGAGGCCAUGGUGGCCUGUCGCCAGCUGGGUCUGGGAUUCGCUAACCACGGCUUACAAGAGACGUGGUACUGGGAUGCCAGCAACGUGACAGAGAUGGUCAUGAGCGGGGUGAAGUGUGCUGGCCACGAGAUGUCCCUGAGCCACUGCCAGCACCACGGUGCCAGCCUGAGCUGCAGGAACACGGGCACACGCUUCGCUGCGGGCGUCAUCUGCUCCGAGACUGCCUCUGACCUGCUGCUGCACGCACCGCUGGUGCAGGAGACGGCGUACAUCGAGGACCGGCCGCUGCACAUGCUGUACUGUGCCGCCGAGGAAAACUGCCUGGCCAGCUCGGCCCGCUUGGCCAACUGGCCCUACGGACACCGGCGCCUGCUCCGCUUCUCCUCCCAGAUCCACAACCGCGGCCGCGCCGACUUCCGCCCCAAGGCUGGUCGCCACUCCUGGGUCUGGCACGAGUGCCACCGGCACUACCACAGCAUGGACAUCUUCACCCACUAUGACAUCCUGACCCCCAAUGGCACCAAGGUGGCCGAGGGACACAAGGCCAGCUUCUGCCUGGAGGACACUGAGUGUGAGGAAGAUGUGGCCAAGAGGUACGAGUGUGCCAACUUUGGGGAGCAGGGCAUCACCGUGGGCUGCUGGGACCUGUACAGGCACGACAUCGACUGCCAGUGGAUUGACAUCACUGAUGUCAAGCCAGGCAACUACAUCCUGCAGGUCGUGAUCAACCCCAACUUUGAGGUGGCAGAAAGUGACUUCACCAACAAUGCCAUGAAAUGCAACUGCAAGUACGACGGGCACCGCAUCUGGGUGCACAGCUGCCACAUCGGAGAUGCGCUCAGCGAGGAGGCCAACAAGCGGUUUGAGCAGUACCCAGGACUUGCCACCGGCUGCCCUUCCCCACCUUGAGGGGGGCUGGUUCUGGAGGCACCAACACCUGAACCUCCCAGCCUGGGGCUGCCACCCCAACCACUGGCCAGAAGAUGGUGGCCACAUCCCCUGGGCUGUGGCACACGGGUACGGUCUGGGAGGUCCUGCACCCCCCACCGCUCCAUCCCUCCCAUCCCAGCUGCACCCCAAUUCCUAUUCCCCCCCUUCAGCCC